AUGGUCGAUCGCCGCCUGGACUUUGAUCAGCGGUUUUCAAUCAACAACUUUGUAAACGAACAAGCACAAAAUAUUGAGAAUAUGGUCAUGAAACUGUACGCCGUUUCGGACGGCCCCCCCUCCCUAUCAGUGCGACAGGCGCUAGCCAAACUAAAGAUACCGUUUGAACUGGUCAACGUUGACUACAGUAAAGGAGAACACAUGACGGCCGAAUAUGCUUUGAUGAAUCCCCAAAAGGAAAUCCCGGUACUCGACGACAACGGCUUCUAUCUGAGCGAAAGCAACGCGAUACUUCAAUACAUUUGCGACAAAUACGCCCCCGGGAACGAACUCUACCCGCAGGAUGCCAAAGUUAGAGCCAUCGUGAACCAUCGGCUGUGUUUCAAUUUGUCCACGUAUUACGCGAACAUUUCUGUUUACACUAUGGCCCCGAUAUUCUUUGAUUACGAGCGCACGGAGCUCGGAUUGAAAAAAGUCCGGAUGGCCCUCGACGUUCUCGACACGUAUUUGCAACGCUCUGGGUCGAAGUACGCCGCGGCCGACCACCUCACCAUCGGCGACUUCCCUCUGGUAAACUCCACCAUGACCCUCGAAGCUAUUGAUUUCGACUUCGCCAACUACACCAAGGUACACGAAUGGUAUAACAAUUUUAAACAAGAGUAUCCAGAGCUGUGGAAGAUAUCGGCGGACGCGAUGAAGGAAAUCCAACACUUCGCGGCGAACCCGCCCGACCUCACCAGUCUCAACCAUCCGAUACAUCCAGCCCGUAAAAUAAAUAAG